CACUUUGCCGGUCGACAAAGAAAGAAAAGCAGUUACGAACGUUAUAAAAUCAGCGGGUAUUCUAAGCAAUAAUAAAUUCCUCUGAAAUUCUCUAACGAAAAUCGAAAAACAGAUCCUUCGAUUUCAAUUGCCGCCUACAAUCCUUGAUUCAAUUCGCUGUAAAUAAUCACAGCAAUGGGAUCUGUAACCGACUCACCAAACACGGAAGCUGGAAAGAAGAUCACUGUCAUUUUUGUAUUGGGUGGUCCUGGCAGUGGGAAAGGCACCCAGUGCACUAAUAUUGUCCAGAAUUUCGGGUACACUCAUCUUAGUGCUGGUGACCUUUUACGAGCAGAGAUCAAAUCUGGUUCCGAAAAUGGAACUAUGAUCCAAAACAUGAUCAAGGAGGGAAAGAUUGUGCCAGCUGAAGUGACUAUUAAGCUUCUUCAGAAAGCUAUUCAAGAAAGCGACAAUGAAAAAUUUCUGAUUGAUGGUUUUCCUCGCAAUGAGGAGAACCGAUCAUCCUUUGAAUCUAUUACUGGAAUAGUACCAGAAAUUGUUCUGUUUUUUGAUUGUUCGGAGGAAGAGAUGGAGAAGCGCCUGCUAGGCAGAAACCAGGGGAGGGAAGAUGAUAAUAUUGAAACCAUAAGGAAGCGUUUCAAUGUAUAUAUGGAAUCCAGUCUCCCAGUUAUUCAGUACUACGACUCUCUUGGAAAAGUUAGAAAGAUUGAUGCAGCAAAACCGAUAGAUGCUGUGUUUGAAGAUGUUAAAGCUAUAUUUGAGAAGGUUGUUGCCUAGAUGUCUGAAAGCUUACGAAGGAUAUCAGACAUGAUUUUAGUGAGGGUACUAUAAGAUUGAUGAUAGGAUUUGGAAGUUUACUACUUGGCAUUAUAAAUUUAUGUUUAAAAUCACCAUAUGUCCUACUUUAGUUUUCUCCCCUGAUUUGCAGUAAGGGAGAAAUAUGUACUUCAAUUCUGGUUUUGAAAGAAAGAAAGAUAAAUGUAGUUGAAGUUAUUUUUUAUCUAAUUGUGGACUAUUCAUGAGAUUACAGUGAAAUGAUAACAAUCUUUGGCUUUGUUUAAAACCUA